CUCACCGCUGAGCUAAAUCCCCCCAUCCGCACUCGCAACUGCCCCCCCUCCUCCCCGCUCUGAUCGUACUCUUCGAUCCCGCGUGUUGAUCACAUCCUCUGCUUCUCACUAUCGCUCCUCAUAGACGUGGUCUGCAUCGCCUCGAUCGCCCUCGGUGCUGCGCUGUGUUGCCCUGCGUCGUGCCACAUUUGCCUCCGCCACGCCUGGCAUUAGGGGAUCCGCAUUGCGUUGCGCCAGCCAAAGGAGUCAAAGCACACGAGUCCUGAAAGCCUCCGGAGACCCGAGGGAGAAAUGCUCAGGGCGACCAUUGGUCGCUAAUAAUUAGAGCCACUCCUAUCCUCCCUUACUCCAUCUCCUCACUCUCGCCUCUCUGCUUGCCGUUCCAGCCGCAUCUGCUCUCCACAUCGCCAUCGUAACUCGGGAUUUCUGGUGCCGCUGCUGCUGAGCCAGCCUACAACAUUACUGCCGGAGAGGCCCACAUCAAGAGGACAACAGCAACCAUGGCAUCCUCUGCGGCCUCUUCAUCCAGCCGGCCUAACGCUGCGCCAGCUGGAACUCCAAGCUCCAUAGGUCCCUUUCAUAUUGGUCCCGAGAUUGGCAAGGGCUCCUUUGCAGUUGUGCACAAGGGUAUACAACUGCAAGACGAUGGCAAUCACUCGCAGUCACAUCCGUCUAGCCACGCUUCGUCGUCGUCUUCAUCCUCGUCCGCAUCUGCGUCUGCCAAGGAGGUGGCUAUCAAGAUUGUCACCCGCCGUAAGCUGACGCAGAAGCUCUUGGACAAUCUCGAAGGCGAGAUUGCCAUCCUCAAGGCUGUCAGUCAUCCCAACAUCGUAGAGCUGAUAGACUGUCUCAAGACCGAGUCACACAUCUACCUCGUAAUGGACUUUUCUUCUGGCGGAGAUCUAUCGCAGUACAUCAAGAGAAAGGGCCUACUGGCAGAAGAUGCGCUGAGCAAGUCCUCCUCCAGGGCUUUCUUGGCCGCUGCCAAGGAAUUUCCGCAUCCCAAUGAUGGAGGGCUUAAUGCCAAGGUCGUGCGGAGCUUUUUGGAGCAAUUGGCUGCUGCGAUGGAAUUCAUGAGGGUUCGUAACAUUGUGCAUAGAGACAUUAAGCCUCAGAAUCUCCUUCUUCAACCUCCCACCUCGUCUUGCAUCGCACUAGGCCAUCCCGCCGGAAUCCCCCAGAUGAAAGUUGCCGACUUUGGCUUCGCCCGGAGCUUGCCUGCUGCCAGCCUCGCAGAAACGCUGUGCGGCUCACCACUCUACAUGGCGCCUGAGAUCUUGCGGUACGAAAAGUACGACGCCAAGGCAGACCUGUGGUCGAUCGGGGCGGUGACGUUCGAGAUGACAGUAGGCAAGCCGCCGUUUAGGGCUGCGAACCAUGUCGAAUUACUACGGAGGAUCGAGCGGAACGACGAUAAGAUCAAGUUCCCCGAUGAGCGGAGCGAGGGCACUUGGUUGAAGGAAGUACAGAGGCGGAGAGAUGCGGACGAGUACGUCUCGAUAGAAGAGGAGAAGCGUGGUCCUACAAAGGUCGACGAUGACAUCAAGACACUGAUUCGCGCUCUGUUGAAGAGGCGGCCAGUGGAGCGUAUGAGCUUCGAAGACUUCUUCUCGUCGCCAGUGAUACUGGGCGCUCGGCCCGCCAAGGUUGGCAGGCAACGACCGGAAUCGCCUCAACCCCAAGAGAUUCUGCCACCAACCUCGCCUUCUUCCUCUACGUAUAGCAGUGCUAGUGAAGGUCUACCACCCAGAGCUACUCCUGGUCCAACAUUGCCAUUGCAGCCCGCUCCUUCCACACGGGUGCAGGCACCCCCGCCCCUUUCACAGGCGCCGUUGCCAAAGUUUCGCUCCAAGUACAUCGUUGCACAGAAGAGCGAAGCCAGCUCGGCCGUUUCGCAGAACGACUCUGGCGCCCCUCCUUCCCGCACUGCCAAGGCAACCGGCGGCGGCGGCGGCGGCGGCGAGGAGGUCAGGGCGGCUCCUCUUGUCCGGCAGAAGAGCAGCGGUGCCAGCAGUGUCAAGAGUGUGACUACUCCUGCAAGUAGCGGUGCACCGUCGAGGGUACCUUCUUCGACAAAGCUGUCUGCGACUUCGGAGCGAACAGAGGGAGGGUCUGGCAGUGGUCGCAGGCCCUCUGCAGGAGCUCUACAGCAAGUCUCAGCAAGUCAGGAAGAUGACGAGUCGCAGUAUGUGAUGAUCGAAAAGAAGAACGUCGAAGUAAACGCUCUUGCGGAUGAGCUGGCCUACAGCCCUAAUCAAGCGCGCAGCCCUCUAGCAACAGGAGCUGCUACUGCUGCUGCUCUGCUAGUGCGACGACCUUCAAGGCUUACGAGACUCGCUUCGGGCUACACUGGACCAACAUCCCCUUCGGCGGCACCAAAGACAACGAGCUCGCCUCCGGAUACUGUUCCUGCUCGACCGCCGUUGAGCACGACGGCUACGGCUCCAAGCGUGCUCUCUUCUUCGCCCUCGGCACCAUUUGCUCUACCUCCAGGUGCUAGGCGACAACCUUCUUUCGCCUCUAGACGAACGAGUGGAGGAGCCUUCGGCUCACCUCGUCCUACUAUCACAUCUCUGCCAUCACAGAGUGUCCCACAAGGGUCAGAGGAGGUAGAUCAGGAGAAGUCUGACUUAGGUCGAGCGCAGCCCACCUCGAUCAGUCCCAUUGGCACUGGCGGCGCAGCAGUCGCCCGUUACCCUAGCGUGAGCGUCUCGCCUGGCUCGGCACUCGCGAGGGCGAUCAGUCAAGCCAGCCAGAAGCUGUUUGGUAUGCCGAGUGGAACGGCUGUUUUGGGUGGUGGUCUGAGCUUGAGAGGUGCUGCGACACUGAUGAGGGGUAGGAUGGGGGCGAUUCAGGGCACUCCGGCUGGGAGCGCUGCUCUGCGUGGCGAGACUUCUCUCCUGCUGUAUCUGGACGACUAUGCCCAGAAAGCCUUCGUCCUCUGCGAAUUUGCCGACUCCAAGCUCUCUUCGAUCUACCCAGAAGGACCUCACCAGCCUGCCUGGGCCUCCUCUGCCUCAUCCUCCCACCACCAGACCGCAGGCUCGAUGGAUCGGCAGCGCUCCCUCUCCCUCUCCGCUUCCUCUACACAUAACACUGCAAGCGCUGCAGCCGUUGGAGGAGGCAAUGCCGAGACGAUUGCGAAUGAGGCACUGCAGAUCUACCUCAAGAGCUUGAGCUUCCUUCUGCGGGGAAUCGAGGUUGUGAGAGGGUAUCUGGAGAUGAAGGGUACCGGGGCGACGGGUGGUCUGAGCUCCUCGCCGACAAUCAGUCCUGAUUUGAAUGAGGCGGUCCAAUCCCUGCGUCGUCGUUUCAACGAGACGUGCGACAAGGCCGACUUUGCCCGUUCCAAAUGUUCCGAAGUCAGCACCGCCACCUCCGAAUCGAAUCAGCAAGCAGUCAACAAGCUCAUCUACGACAAGGCCCUCGAGAUUGGGCGGGCAGCGGCACUUGAUGAGCUUGAGAACAAUCACGCUAACGUUAACGUCAACGUGAACCUCAAUGCGAAUGUCGGCUCGUCACCAGAGUCAAACACGCCCCCUUCCCUAUCGGGCGCGGGACAGUGGGAUAUCCAAGCAUGCCUGCUCGCCUACGAGACGGCAGCGGUUAUGCUGUCGUGUCUGCUCAGUAGCAGUGCCGAAGGGGAUGCGUCCGGUGCGGGCGGUGGCGCUGCCGGUGAGAUGGAGGAGACGACGGGUUUGACCGUUGAACCUUUCUUCAAGUCGAUCAAUCAUCGAUCUCAAGCUCUACGUAGGCGGAUUGAAAUGGGAGUAGCUUCCGUACCUUCGACUACACCUACGACUGGAGUCGCACCUGGAGCAUCUGCCGUCAGCAAAGAAAAUACAUUGGGCAUGCCUGUAGGAGUGGAUGUGGGAGCGGGAGUGGGGAGGGGGACACUGCUUCCUCCUGCUGGGGAGGUCUAGGCAAAACAAGACGACCUUGCUCCCAGCCGGCUCUUCUUUUGCCUCCUCUUCCCGGCUCGACACCACUCCUUCUUCGUCUUCCUCUCCUUCAGUAUGCUCCAAGCCUAUUUCCCAUCUCGCAACACUCCACCAC